UUGGUGCGCAGUCCAGCUUGUUUGGAUUAGUUUAUGAAACACGGCUGGGAAUAGUGCUGUCAGGGCAAAAUUCUACGCGGAAUUGAUUCAAAAUCCUCAUUAGAUUGGAUUGGAUUUGCCUUUGCAACCGAAAAGAAAACGGGGUAGAACUAUGGACGACGAAGAUGGAUCUACUGUGACUCCUGUUGAGGACUCCAAUAGCGUAAAUGAUGAACCAACUAUCGACGAAGUGACCAAUUUAAAUGAGGACAAUGAGGAGAACACUCGGGACAGUUUGCCACAAUCAGAAGAAGCGUUCCCAGAGGCGAUUAGUAGUGAGCCGUCUUUGUCUGUGCCACAAAACAUCCCAGAGCUCGAAGCGGAAAUCGAUAAAAACAAACCCGUAGGAAACGAUGAAGAUAAUAUCGGCGAAAGCAGUGUUUCAAUUGAAUCAAGACGUGAAGAUGAAGAAACAAAUGUUACACGCUCAGAUACAGUUGAAAUACCAACCAAGCACAAUGAAGAUAAAGGUGAAGACGAAAUACCCACCGCCAUUGAUGUAGAUGGUGAAGCGGUUCCACAAGAGACAGCGGAUGAUUCGAAAUCCGCUCAGACAGAUGAAUGCGGAAGGGAGAAACAACAGCAAUCACUUCUGAUUGAGGAAAAUCGUCCUAUCGAACGACAGUCAAAAACAGAAGAUUCCAUGGAUGAAGAAGAGGAUAGUCCUGUGCCGGAUGCAGGCAGUCCACGAGAAGAAAAGGAUGAACAAACUGCUGAAUGUUCCGAAGCAGAACAGCCAAGUGCAGUAACAUCGAGUUGCUCUUUACGAAAUAGGGUGAAUGGAGCCCUCACAAACAGAUCUGUUGAGUUGAAUCACCAAGAUGAUGCAACUGAAGCGACGGGGGAAUUGGGUGUGGACUCAAAUGAGGAAGAAGAUGAGCCCGACACGGAUGAGAAAGAUAAGGUGGAAAAUGAUAAUGCAGAAAGUGAUAACGCAAAGGUAAAUCUUGAUGAGAGACCGGAGCGAAAUGAGGAUAUGGAAUGUGAAGAGGAAGAUGAUGAAGCAACUAUGUCGAGCAAUGGAGUUGAAGAAUGCAGAGAUGAUCUUGUAAGGUGUUCUAGUAAUCAAGAUCAGCAAGAUCACUUGCUAGAGGAGCAGCGAAUAGAGGACGAUGAAGAUGAAAAAACACAGACGGAACACGAGGAGAAAAAUGAUAUGCCUGUGGACGCACACCCUGUGGAGGAUAAUAGUAAUCUAAUUGAACCAAGAAUCAAUGGUGACAUGUCUCACGGCAAUGAGGAGGAAGAGCCGGAUUCGACCAACCUUAAAAGGCCCCGCUCGGCCAGUCCAACGGAAAGCAACAGCAGUGCACAACAACCGUUUAGAAAACAACUUAGAUUGAGCGAAAGCGGAAUGGCAGAGAUAAAGCCUCCAGAUCCAGAAAUUAUUCAGGAUGCAGGAGAUGAUGCCACAAAUGAACGUAACAAUGAAACCGAUGUAUUGCUAGAAAGCACCAAACUGGAUCAGUCGAUAGAUUCGGGUAAAUCAUCACUUGGGGAUAGUAAUGAACAGGACCACGAAGUUACAAAAACGAUGACUUCGUCAGAAGUAGAAGCUCAGUCAGAACAAAAACCCAUUGGAGAAGAUAACAUAGAUGACGACGAUCUGGAUGAUGACAAAUCCAGCAGUUCGAGUUCAUCGAGUUCGUCAAGCUCCAGCUCCGAUUCAGAUAGCUCCGAAGAAGAUCAGAAAGAGCAUGAUGAGGAAGGUCAACAACUCACGAAUAAACAGAUGUUAGAACAAAAUCUGCCAAAAGUGACUGAUGGUGUACAGGAGGAAAACGACAGCAGGUCGAAAUUGGAAAUCGACGAAUCACAAUCUGACGAAGAAGACGACGAUGAUGAUGAGGAGGAGGAGGAAGAUGAUGAUGAAGAAUCCGCGAAAAUAACGAGAAGCGAAGGUCUUAAGUUAUCAAUUUCGCUGAAACGACCUGCCACAGAGGAACGACCUAAGGAGGAAGAGGAACAGCUGCCGCCAGUGAUUCAUGCAAAUUUACCAUCAGUGGCACCCCAACCUGUUGAUUUUAGUAAUAUCUUCAACCAAGAGAAAUUACUGAACGACCAUCGAUCCGAUCUACUGAAAAUAGAUUAUAAUAGCAAGCCUCAAGUGCAUAAUAUCAGCGAUCAAGUACAGCAAGAACUAAAAAGUAAUGCACAUACAGCGGAUCCAACACCAGCAGGAGGAUUUAGCUGCAAUAAUCAAUUGAAGACCAAUUACGUGGGCGUGGACUCAACAAACUUCCUCACCAGACGAAUCAUUAAACACUUUGCACUAAUAAAAAAUAAGUUUGUCAAGGAGAAGCAACGACGAAGUAGAAAGAAGGAUACCUCUCCAGUGAAACAACAACAACUACAGAAAACCUUUUUCAUACGGAAGAGAACUAUCAGCGAGAGGAUGAUGGGACAGGAGCUGACACAAGAAAGGAAAUUUAAAACGACCUCUUGGCAUCAUGCGCAACGGCCUCAACAUUGUAAUCGCAGCAAGACCAGCGCGGCGCCUGAGUAAACAUCCUCAGCGCACCCUGAUAUUCCAGGAACCAGCAGUUCCAGCUUUUGAUACCAUUGAUUGCAACAGUCGCUGUUAAUACACCAACAGCCACAGUUACAUCCCCAAUUACCUGUGCAGACGCAACCUCCGCCGCCAAUAGAGAACAAGAAAAAAGACAAAAAGAAAGUGUUCCUCUGCUCACCGUGUGGAACCCACUACGAGAACUGGAACCAACACAAACACAUGCGAGAGGUGCACAAGAAAUAUAUUUGCUUGUACUGCUUGGGAAUAUUCCAAACUGCCGAUAAACUGGUAAACCAUUUGGAAGCUAAGCAUCAAGUACACAAGAAGCACGUGGCCAGCAUCGACGAAUAUCAACAGCAGCAACACCAGCAGAACGUGGAUAUCAGCCAGCCACUAUACCUGAUGUGCGCUCGUUGUGAGCAUAUUUUCGAGAAAAUACCUUCUGACGAUGGGUCAGCGAUAGUUCAACACGAUUGUGCGGAUUACCUGGAGCGUUGUGGCAAUUGUGGAGACCUCAAACAGUCCAAACAUAAAUGUGAGAAAAAAGUGGAGCAACCGCCUGAGCAGACAAAACUAUUUAACAGCAACAAUUUUAGUUCUAGCGAUAAUGUUAAUAGUAGCGUUAAAAAUAAUUUAAACAACAAUUACGACGGCACAAACGCCAGUAGUAAUUCAACGGCUGUGAUGUUCAACUACGAUAAUCAUACGACUAACGGUAGCAUUACUAAUGAGAACGAUCAAACGAAUAGUCUACUCAGGAGAGGUCCUCAAACUCUGCCAAAUCGAAAGCCGCAAAACAAAAAGCUGAAACUAUCGCAACCGAACCAGCGAAGCACCUUCCCAAAUUUCAACAGUCCCAUUCUACAAUCCCAGCCAGUGAAAUGGCCUCUGGAAACACCCAUUGUUUUGUUCCCUGUUUCCUAUCCGCCUGAGCUACUUCAGCAGCACUCAUCUUCCCUGCUGCAGCGAUCAACGGCUCCACUUAGCUUUGGUCAGGGUACAACCACCACCCUCUCGACAAUACCGGCCAGUUUGUUGAACGCGCAGGAACCGUCAGCGGAGCUGCCACCGGUACCAACAGAGCUGCCGCCAGCGGUAAUGGUAGAGCAACAACAAAAAAAGCAGCCAGAAUCUCCUAGCGAGCAUGAACAACUGAAUCGGCCGCCACUGGUGCCGAAGCUGAAGGUGAAGAUCCCGAAGGAGUACUGCACGCCGAUCGAGAGCAGCGAUGAGUCGUCUACCGAGAGUGACUAUGAAAACGAGGGUGCUGAUGAUCCGGAGGAAGAGGAUGAUGACGAAGAAGUGCAAGAUCAAUCAACACCGCAACACGACGAAAGCGUACCGGUGAAGUCAAACGCGGUGGAGGUGAGUUGGUUUGUGCACGCGCCCAUACAUCCCGAUACCGAGAAGCAUCAACAUGAGUCUGUCCCUGUACCGCCGAUGCGUGUCGAAGAUGACGUCAAGCUGGAUCCAGUGGAAAUGGACAUCGAAGAGGAAGGUGAUCGGCAACCGGUUCAUCUGCCACCGGAAAUGGGUCCCGCUCCUAUGCCAGAACGACAUCAUCAGCCGGCUCCAGAACCGAUGGCAGUCGACAAUGAGGCUGAGGCUCCAGAAGUACCACCGGAACCAUUGGAAACGUCACCCGAAGAACCAUCGCCUGUGCCGCCAUCCGACGGCAUUGUCGUUGCGGACGAAGACGCCCAAGUGUUUGAAUUGACCCUAGAGGAACCACUCGACAAGAUACACAUAAGAGAUUUCAUAAAAAUCUGUCUUCGAUCGACGGUCCCGUUCUGUUUGUAUUGUAACCAUGCAAGGCGAAUUGCCGUAAACGGGAAGUACUUGGCGUUGCAUCUUGUUGCGACGCAUCGGUUCCAGGCGACGGUCAACAGCAUUACAGCCGAAGAGCUUUUGCCGGCGACGAUUGUGCAGAGGUUCAAGUCCUGCCUUGAUGAGCUGGAGCCACUGUACUUCAAUCUCGAAACAUUCGAUUCUAGCUGGACACCGGAGCAGAAGGCCGUCACUUAUCCGAAACAAUUUGAAUGCUUCCAGUGUAGGUUCAUAACGAGGAUACAUAAAGAGUUGUAUCUCCAUAACAGAAAAAUGCACCAAAAGUCGUUGCUGAUAUGUAUGAUGUGUCGCGGAAACUUUUUCAGCUAUAGUGAACUUUUGUGUCACAUGUGUCCGGGAGCUCCCAAUCGGCAGAUUAUUCUGGACUACACCUUCCGUUGUUGUUCGUGCAACAUCGAUGGCAUUCCUUCGGCGUUCCGCUUGAUGGUUCAUUUGCGGAAACGACACUUUGCUUGCGAUGUCUGUUUGGAGCAGUGUGUGGAACAGGGAGCGCUAUCGAACCACGUCUGGAAGCAUAAGUUGCAUCACCUUUGCUACCGAUGUGGCAUUGCGUAUCGCAAUAAGGCGGAUAUUUUGAAGCAUCUGUUCUGGAAACACGGAACGGAAGGAGUAGUGUGCAAAAGGUGUCUCCAGAAAAAGUGGCCACACGUAUAUCAUUUCUGUGUUCCACCAGCGCAAUUUAUUUGCGAAGUUUGUCAGAUGGGAUUCCGAAAGUCAUUGGCUUUGAAAGUACAUCGGAGGUUACACAAUGGUGAGGAGAAGUAUCCUUGCAGCGAGGACGGUUGUGAGAAGAAAUUUAUUUCCAAAAAAUUACUCCUAAAGCAUGUACAAAGGCACUAUGAACCACCUCCGGCACCACCAUCUCCACCGAAAGCGAGGGAACCAACACCAGAGCCAGUUGUGCUGCCAGCUGAAAUGGUGAAACCCAAGGAAGAAGAAACCGACAAGGCACAGGAGGAAGCUAAAAUGAAGGAGGAAACCGAGAGCAAAGUCAAGACAGAGGUGAAAGAAGAAAAGGUCGAGGAAUCAAAAAGUAACGAGGAAACUCCAAGGAAAAAGAAAAAGAAACGAUCCAAGGAUGAUCCUGAGAAAGCGUUAGUUGAUCUGAUGAACUUACCGGCGUUAAAUCUUUCGGAAAGUGAUAGUAGUGACGAAUCAGAUGCGGAUCAUUCUAAUGCCAGUAGUCGACGAUUCCCAUCAGCUUCUGGUACAAGCAAAGGUGAAAAUUCCGGUGAUGAAGUGGCUAUGUCAGAACCUAAGAAAGAGGAAGUCAAAAAUGAAGAGGAUGACGACGAUAGAACAGAAAAAGUGGAAUCUGAAGAAAUUGUUAAUUUAUGGAACAACUUUAAAAACUAUCAAGCCAGUCGCACGAACAGUCGAAGGCCUUCGGUGUCGGACGAAGUGACAGAGGAACAGUUUGUUGAGAAGAUGUUGAAUAGCAAGGUGCUACACGUGUCUCAAUCCGAUCAUGACUACUGUAUGAUGUAUAAGAAGGUUUAUCCGGAAAUCAAAGCUAGCGAAAUUGGGGAAACGAUCGUAAUUGACGAUGAUGGCAAUAUGGAGAAGGAGAAACAAGAAUCUUUGCCUAAGAGCAGUGCUCAUGCAGGAAGCCCUUCGAAGAAACAGAAAUCAUCAAGGAAGCGAAAGGCGUCAAAGAGUGGGUCCGAUUCUUCUUCCAGUGAUAGCGGCAGUGAUUCGGACUCCAGUUGCGAAUGUGGAUCGAACUGUAGUUGCAGUUCUAGUAGUUCUGGCAGCAGCAGCUCUAGUUCAGACGACUCAGAUAGUUCUGACGAAAACACUACAAAGAAGAAAGAUGACAAAAAGAAAGCCCAUGGAUCAGAGCAUAAGAAAGUUGAAGAACCAGUGACACAAGUGCAAGAAGAACCACCUGCUGAACCACCAGUGCCGAUUGAUCCCGAUACCAUAAUACACGAGUCAGAUUUGGAGACAGACGAGUCGGAAACCGAUGAAGAGUUCUAUGAUCAACACCCACAGAAGAUGGCGAGUCAACUUCUUGCGGAGAAGCGUCGUCAGCUGAUGCAGCAAACCUGUAUGAGCCCAAUGAAUAGCUUCGGAAUUGUGGAAAACAGUCGUCCGUCAACUCCGUCGCUGCCCGAAGAAAUGGUUGCCAAGAAAAAAGUUAAGCUGAAGAAAAGAAAACGCGAACGAAAAUUAUCGAAAAAGACUCCACCUCCAUUGCUGAAGGAUGCCAUCCGAAACAUUCCUCCUGCAAUGAAUUUAAGUCACACCGAUCAGUUCUCACCGAUCCCAGUUCCUAUGACAACUCCUUUGACAGCACCGCCAAUAUUGCAAUCAACAGAAAACACAAUGAUUCCUUCAGCAUCGACUACAGUUCAUGAACAUUCGUUUUCACCUAGUUCUAAAACUCCGACCCCAAGACUUAGUACUGGAAACAGUUCUGAAUCGGAUGCUCCCCUCAAGCGAUCUCAGCGUAGCAGGAAGCCAAACAAAUUUUACGGAUAUACCAGUGACGAUGAGAUUCCACCAAUCCUCAUACCCAUCGUGGCAAAGAAUCCCGAAAAGUCUAUCCUUUCAGUCAUGAAACCUACUCCUCCGCCUAACUUGGUAUGGAGCAAAGAGGAUCUACCAUCGCCACCAAGAGUGAAGUCAUCCAAAUUGAAACCAUCCGAUACGGGCACUCCCCUGAGCUCAAGAGUUGCACCCCCAGUGAUAACUCCAAUUCAGCAGCAAGCUGCAUCUUUGCAACAACCACCGCGAGUCGAUUCUUCAAAAAUCCCUAACGUUCCAGUGCACCAUCUUGUUCCCAGUCCCUUCAAUGCAUCGUUGCAAAACGAUCCCGACAGCGAUUCCAGCCAGGAGGGCGCCCUACAGAUCAAAUUAACCCCUCAUCGGCCAAUUCCACCACUUCCGAAGCUGAAACUCUCCGUGCCGAAAAAGUCCUCGGCCGCUUCCCGUGGAACACCCAAAACGCCCGCUGCUCGGAAACGAGCUCCGCCCAAAACCAAAACUCCGAAAUCCGCCCCUCCCAUACCAUCGGCCCGUACCCAAAAUGCUCCCGCUUUUCCGCCAGCCUCAGCGCCCGUUGCACCGUUUCAACCACCGAUUAUCGAUCCCGCAGUUCCGAAGGUUCCACCUCUCGGUUCCUUCCCCAGCAUCCAGUCAGAAUUCUUCCCCGCCAACCAGAUCCGCAUACCAGCCGGGUGGCGACCCCCUCGGGAGGGUGAAUCCGUUUAUUGCUACUGUCGUUGUCCGUACGACGAGGUCUCGGAGAUGAUUGCGUGCGAUGGAGACAACUGCCGGAUCGAAUGGUUCCACUUCGAGUGCGUCGGCAUCAUCAUGCCGCCGAAGGGAAAAUGGUUCUGUCCAGAGUGUAAGCUGAAACAGCAUUCGUUGCCGACGGGUGCUAGUGGUGGUGGAGGCGGAGGAGGAAGAGGAGGAGGGGCACCAAUUGCAGCCCACGGCGAGCUGCAAGACAAUUUGCUCGAUUCAAACUAGGCUGUUUAUUGGAUUCAGUUUGGAUUUAUUUUGCGGUAGCGAUGUCUGUGUUGUAUUACUUUUUUCGAGACAGUCAUAUGAUCUGCACAUGUUUUAGUCGUUUCUUUUUAAUGAAAAGCUUACUAUCUCAUGCUAUUUGAUAUGUAACAAUAUGGUGUAUCUUUAGAGAGUGAAGUAGUGCUUCAGACAAGUAAAUAUAGAAAUACAUCAAAAUACUGCAAACCGAUAUAAAGUAAACACAAAUCAUGUUUAGAGGUUCUAUGAAAAGAAAUUCUCCGAAGAGAAGCAAGUAGACUAGUAGACUAUAAAAGAGUGAAUAAUCAUGAGACGCUUAUUUUUUUCUGAGGAAAACAUCAAACGAUGUCGAUAAAAAAGAUCAUGUUUUAGGUAGUUGUUUCAUCCUUAGUUUUAAGUCGUAGUUUUGUAUGAUAGUAGAUUUAGCUACUUUGCUGGCAAAUACAAAAAAGCAACCCUGUAGAUAUACCUACGUGAUAGAAAGUAGUGUACAUACACAGUGUAGAGUUGUAUUGUGGGUUUUCAAUUUUCUUCCAAUGUGAUGUUUUUGUUUGAAAACACUGUCACACGUCCCUGCUCAUACAUAAAAUUAAAAGUGCUGUAAUUCUGGGCUAGUUUGUCUAUCUCCGCCUCUACCCUCCAUGUCUUAAGUAUAUCCUAAACUAUACUUUUCUCAUCAAGCUUUGUUUCAAUAUUCUCACGGAUGGUCGCCGCUGUUUUUGAAUAAAAUUGUGUAAUUAUCCCACAAACUCGACCGUUAUUGGCUGUUGUAGCCGAACCAUGGUUCCAUGCAAUAGGAUUUAGAACUUGUGUUUCAUCAAUAGGUAUUUAUUUCAAUGUUUUGAUUAAGUUCACAGUCACUAUCCCUGAAGCAAUAAUAUGGAAGCUAUGAGACAAAAACGUAUGCUAGCGCUGGAUUACUGCACUUUCUAUUACCUCUAGAAAUGUUUUUUGAUCUUCAUGUAAACUAACACGCCUGGAUUAAAAAGUGAGAAACUUUUAUCCAACACUGCAAAUCCGCUGCCCCUUACACAUUCGAAAAUCGACGAUGUGCAUAUAGAAUUAUUCAACAUGUAUUUUUUUCGAGGUCUCGACAGUGCGCAACAUGUGGAGAUGUGCGAAUUGUAGGUAUAACGAGAUCGAUAAACUGAAAUUGCUAUAGCACAGCUUUGUGUCGUGUUAGUACGCUGUCUGUCACAGAGCCAAUGUUUAGUGAGCGAAAGAAAAACUGAACUUAUGAUUUGAAAUGUUUUCCAAACGAAACAAACAAAGUAAUCAAAUAAGAAAUAUUACUGUAAUGCCCUAAGACAGGUGAUAAUGUAAAAAAACAAAAAUAUUGUACCUAGCACACUAAGAGAAAGAUCGAAUAAUGAGAACUUUCACAAAGGGAAUGCAACCCCGGCCACAUUGGAAAGAAGAGUGUAACGUUUAACGAAAUUUACUCCCAAAAUAUACCUACCAACACAUAGUCAGACUAAUGUUGACGAUAAUGGAAACAUA